CAAAGAUGGCCUCGAUCGCGUUCUGCAGAGAGUGCUCCAACCUCCUCUACCCUAAAGAGGACAAGGUCCACCACGUCCUGCUCUACUCGUGCCGCAACUGCCAGUACCAGGAAGAGACCCACAACCCCUGCGUCUACAAACACGACCUCAUCGUCGCAGCAAAAGAGACGGCCGGUGUGACCCAAGACCUCGACACGGACCCGACCUUGCCACGGUCCAACAUCGAGUGCCCGAGGUGCCACAACACCGAGAGCGUCUUCUUUGGCGACCAGGGCCGGCGUGCGCAGACGUCGAUGACGCUCUUCUACAACUGCACCCAGUGCCACCGGACGUUCCAGGACCCGGCGUUGACGCAGCGCAGGAAGGAGCAGGCGGCGCAGGCGGCCUGAGUUGGUCGACGUCGACGGGCUCGAGGGUAGCUUUUCUUUGCGUUCGUCUCAGUGUCCAUGUUGUUACGAGUUGCUUUCUCUCG